AUGGUAAGAACCUGGAAAGUGGGUAGUGACGAAGAUUGUAUUAGGAGUCAGGCAGAUCAGACCAUUCAGAUCGAAGGUGGCGUCUACUGCAAUGCAACAUGGGACACUAUUCUGUGCUGGCCGGCCGCUCGGGUGGGAACUGUCACCUUCCUGCCCUGCCCACAACUGCCAGGUCUCGACGUCACAAAACAUGGUUUUCGGAGAUGUGGGUCAGAUGGUCGUUGGGAAGGAAAGUUUCCCGGAGAUUACUCUAAUCCAAAAGGAUACACAAAUUACACAAACUGUUACACCCCGGAGGCUUAUGAUAUCUGGAAAAAGUUCUACGCGAACAAGUCAUCAGCUCAGAGACAGAUGAUCAAGGACAUUGUAGUGGGCACAAGAACCAUGGAAAUCGUUGGGUUAUGGGUGUCCCUGGUAUCUUCAUUAAUAUCGCUGUUCAUCUUUAGUUAUUUUAGAAGUCUUAGAUGUCAUCGAACAAGAAUUCAUCGGAACCUGUUCGUUUCCAUCAGCGUACAGACGAUCGUGCGAUUGAUCUUAUAUGUGGAUCAGUUCGUGGCUCAAGCUGGAGGACAGCCCACUGUCGGUACAACUGACAUGAGUGAGGGCGCAACCAUAUUUGAAACUCCCGUGCUUUGUGAAUUCCUGUAUGCAAUGAUUGAAUACACGAAGACGGUUCAGUUUAUGUGGAUGCUGAUUGAGGGCCUGUAUCUACAUAAUAUGAUUGCCGUGUCAGUCUUCUCGGGGCGUCCAAACUACAUUGUCUUUUAUUUGAUGGGCUGGUGUGUCCCACUUCCGUUUACUAUCAGUUGGGUUGUUACGAUGGCAUUUAGUCACACAGCUAGGUGUUGGUUUCCAUAUUAUUUUUUGCCUUAUUACUGGAUAAUAGAGACUCCAAGGGUAGCAGUAAUAGCGAUAAAUUUAAUGUUUUUACUUAACAUUAUCCGUGUGCUGGUGAUAAAAUUAAGACGAAGUCAAACUAACGAACCACAAGUAACUAAAGUGAGAAAAGCUGUGAAGGCGGCGUUGGUACUUUUACCUUUGCUAGGCAUCACAAACUUCGUCGUCAUGACGGAUCCACCUGCUGAUAACGUCAUUAAAUUUGGGAUCUGGUCAUACACAACUUAUUUCCUUGUGUCCUUCCAGGGAUUCCUCAUAUCAUUACUCUACUGCUUCCUGAACGGGGAGGUACAGUUAACACUACGAAAACGCUGGGAGAGGUAUCGCCAUAGUAGAGUCGUACAAUCCGCAAGUUUUCGACGUCUCAGCCGAUCAUUUUCUGUCUUCACAUCUAUAACAGAGGUUCCAAAUACUUCAGUUAAUCAGAAUCGUCGCUCAUCGGCCAUUCCUAUGUCAAAUGGCAAUGUAGUUCCGCUUCUGCGCGGUAUGAUCGUACACCGCGAGUCGAAGAUGUGA